UUUUAUAACUCCCCAUGUAAAAUUCCCUUUCAAUUUUCCAGGUAUGUGCUAGAAUACAUGAUUUAUCAUUUGAGGCCAUUUGGGCGUGAAACCCAUUUACUUAAAUCUUUAAAAGACGCUGAAAAAUUGAAGAAUGAUCCCAAAGCUAGGUCAGAAGCAAAUCGGCCACUUUUGAGGGUUGCGUAUCAAUUGGCUAUUAAAAAUAUGGGAGCGGACGAUACGUUCAAAAAGAGUGAAUCCGAUUUGUCAAAACUGCUUGGACGCCUUAAGCCUUAA